UGAUCUCUACUCAUGCUCUCGGUAGGCUGUUUACGUUCCAGAUGACGUAAGCACGCUACAGGAGACGUGCGCAUGCGCACGGCCUACUGAGGAAGGAAGCAAAAUGUCGCUAGAAGACCCGUUUUUCGUUGUGAAGGGAGAGGUGCAGAAGGCGCUGUCCCGUGCUCGUGGGCUGUUUGAUAGAUGGGAAGAACUGUUGCAGGAUGGGACACAAGUGAGUCGAGAUGAGCUGGACUGGAGUGCCAAUGAGCUGAGGAACUGUCUGAGGGCCAUAGACUGGGAUCUGGAGGACCUCAGCGAAACCAUCAGCAUCGUGGAGUCAAACCCGGGGAAGUUCCGCUUGGGUGAAUAUGAACUCCAGGAGCGGAGAGACUUUGUGGAACGGACCAGAGCAUCUGUCCAGGAAAUGAAAGAUCAGCUGUCCAGCCCGUCCGCCGUGGCUCAGGCUGAGAAAAAGAACAGGCAGGCUCUGCUGACUUCUACAGGCCCGGACAGGUCCACGGGACUGGAGGCUCACCUGGUGUCUUCAAACUCCAGAUACCAUGUUGAAUGAUUUUGGAGACGAGAUGGAUCAGACGUCGUCCCGCAUGGACUCGGUCUUAAAGAAGCUGGAGAAGGUGUCUCACAUGACCAGCAGCCGGCGGCAGUGGUGCGCCAUCGGGGUGCUGGUGGUCAUCCUGAUCGUGAUCCUCAUCCUGUUCUUCGCUCUGUGACGUGGAUGACCUCGCACGCCUCGUCUUUGCUCGCAGACUCCUCCUUGUUAGGAUGAAUGGACACAAAGACCGCCCCCCCUCUUUAGUCACUCCUGUUCCUCAUGCUGAGGAGAGCCCGGUCUCCUGCAGCGGGGGUCUAGUCCUCUCUGCUUUUAAUGAAUCUAGUUCCAAUGGGGGGGUUGGUCUCUAAGCAGCAGAGCGACACACAUGGUAUUAUCUGUUUUAUAUUUGUGCAUUAUUUUUAGAAAUGAUGGAUCGCAAUGGGGGGAGAUGUGAUUUGGAACGAACAAAUCUGAUCUGUAGGUUUUUAUCGAAUCAACUUGUGAUGUCAUCCUGGAGUAGACGCUGACGCGGCGCAUCAGUCCCACCCGUUUCCUGCCAGCUCUCACUCAUUAGACUCCAUCUGAGCGUGAAUCAAGAAAACUUUGCAGUAAAGAGGAGUAACACAGGAGGGUUGUUGCCUUAAAUAUAUUUUUGUACUGUUUCUGAAAUGUGCAGCGAGCUGAUCGGUCAGGAUUGGAACGAUGCAUCGCUUUGGUACGACGGUGCCUCCACCGGUCUGCAGGUCCACUCGACGUUUCUGUUUAUUUAAAAAAAAAUCUGCAGCGGUCAGAAUAACAAGAAAAAGUGUAAAGUUGCCAAACAAGCGGUUGAAUGUGCCCCGAUGGCGUGCGGCCCGACGCCCCCGCAGACGUCUGAGCACGCCAUUGGCCGGGGCUCUGCUGCUCGCCGGGUGAUGACAGACAACCUUGGCUCGGAGCGAAUGGCUUUGCCUCUUUUAUUGAGAAGCUUCAGCUAAUGAGGAGGAAUAGUUGCUGGGCAAGAUGACUCCAUGUGGAGCUCAGGUUUAAGCUGGCAGCGCCCUCUGCUGGACGCUUUGUGUCAUGCAACACUAAUAUGUCAGUGCUGUACAGGAACUACCAAAUGCUUUUGUUUGAUGAAAUAUUAUUGUGUAAAACUUUA